AUAACUGGCAUUCGUUCAGAGACUCUUUCUGUGCCUCAAGAAAUCAAAGCAUCUCAGCUGUGGAAAGAGAUAGAAGCUCAUCAUCCUGGAUUGGCUGAUGUUAGAAAUCAGGUGAUAUUUGCUGUUCGUCAAGAAUAUGUCGAGCUCGGAGAUCAGCUCCUCCUGCUUCAACCAGGAGAUGAGAUCGCCAUCAUCCCCCCCAUUAGUGGAGGGUAGCACUGUUGAACAAUCUAGGAAAGAAGUGGAUGAAGUUGAAGAGAAACCUAAAGAUAUAAUAAAGUUCACUGCUGAGAAACUUGCAGUAGAAGAAGUCUCACGCCUUGUGAUCUCUCCCCUUUGUGGUGCGAUAUCUCUUUUUGUAGGAACGACAAGAAAUAACUUUGAGGGAAAAAAAGUCAUUAGCUUGGAAUAUGAAGCCUAUUUGCCAAUGGCAGAGAAUGAAAUCAGAAAAAUAUGUAGUGAUAUUAGGCAGAAGUGGCCAGUUAAACACAUAGCAGUGUUCCAUAGACUUGGCUUGGUUCCAGUGUCAGAAGCAAGUGUGAUUAUUGCUGCAUCCUCAGCCCACAGGGCUGCGGCUCUUGAAGCUGUGAGCUAUGCCAUCGAUACUUUAAAAGCCAAGGUGCCUAUAUGGAAAAAGGAAGAAGAGGAUGCAGAGUCAGGUGGCAGAAAGCAGUGGCCCUUGACAGUGAAGGACAAGGGCAGGAGUGGGGUAUGGUCUCAUUUUUAUGCUUGGCAGGAAAUGUAUGAAGAAUCAUCAUCAUCUUGGAAAACAAACAAAGAAUGUUUUUGGGCCAACAACAAGUAGUCACAUUUGUAGAACACUCAAUAUUAAAUUUGGCAAACUUACUGCUGCUCACAUUUUGAUUUUUCUUCUCUACAAAUGAAGAUGAUUCAUUGAUGCAUCAUCACUGAGGUGAUGUCAGCUCACUGACAUCAAAUUGGAGAAAAAGGAAGCAUAUGAAUUGAUGUGAGAGAUGAGGGGGACAGGAUAAUUGAAGUGUAUUUGAGUAUAUUUGCAUAUAUUGAAAUCAAUAGGACAAGUCAGAUGCAAGGACUGAUGUCUAUAGGUGUGUCUUUCCAUGACUGACUUCUGAUUGUCUCAGCUCAGGCUGAGGUGUGGUCUCUCCUGUUCUUAUGUCUCAGAGAGUGUGCCCCCUCCCCAGAUCAACUUUGUUAUCAGACUUAAUAUUGUAUAUUAAAUAUUUUUCAGAACUUAUAUAGCUUAGAAAAUAAACCCUUGAAUUCAGGAAGCUUAAAAAUAAGCCAUGCACCAGUAUCUCACACCUGUAAUCCUAGCUACUCGGGAUGCUGAGAUCUGAGGAUCCUCUGGCAGAGAAAUCCAUUAGACUUGUAUCUCCGAUUAACCAGCAGAAAGCCAGAAGUGGAGGUGUGGUGCCACUUGACGCCUUGAGUUCAAAUCCUACUCUA